AUGUCAGUAAAACUGAUAGCCAAUAAUUUACCAGCACAAGCAUUAGCUUCAACUAAUUUUGCAUAUGUUAGCUGGAAUGUUUACAAAUCAUUAAUAAAUUCAUUACCUAAUAUAUCUAAUAAUGAUCAAUUACGUGUAUCAGUUAAAAAUCUAAUACUUAAUAUAGAAGCUGAUGAAAGAAUAUCUGAUGGAGAAAUUGCACUAAAUAGAUUACAUCGACAAAGUGCAAAGAUAGAAUUAAGAGAGGUAUUAAAUAUAUCUAUUGUUACAGAAUUUAGCUAUAAUAAUAAUGCAAAUAAGUUAGCAGGAAAUAUUGUUUUAGAGGUUGAUAUGUUUGUUGAGUGUAGUAAACCAUUAAUAUUAAAAGAAAUUGACUUUAUUCCUAGAUUAAUUGAACAAUUAAAUGGUCAAGUACUUGCUACCCAACAAUUAAUACCAUUUUAUCAUAAAGAUACAGAUUUAUUAUUUUUAUUAACAGUAAAGAAGAUUAUUCCAUUAUCAAGAUUAUUACAAAAAUGUGAUAAAGAUGAUAAAUUUGAUUUUUCUGAAUAUGGAUUAGUAGGGAAUUCAACUAAUUUUGAAUUAACUAGUUCAUCAUCAGGGAAAGUUAGAUUUUCUAAUGAUAAUAAGAUGUCUCCAUUAAUAUUUCAUCAUAAUUUUAAUUUCAAUGAUAUAGGAAUAGGUGGUUUAAAUGAAGAGUUUGCUACUAUAUUUAGAAGAGCCUUUGCUAGUAGGGUUAUUCCUCCUAUGAUUUUGAAUGAAUUAGGAAUACAUCAUGUAAAGGGUAUGUUAUUAUAUGGUCCUCCAGGAACUGGUAAAACAUUAAUUGCAAGACAAAUAGCAAAAGUAUUGAAAGCAAGAGAACCAAAGAUUGUGAAUGGACCAGAAAUAUUGAAUAAAUAUGUUGGUCAAAGUGAAGAAAAUAUACGAAAUCUUUUUUAUGAAGCUGAGGAAGAAUAUAGACAAAAAGGGGAUUUUUCUGCACUUCACAUUAUUAUUUUAGAUGAAAUAGAUGCAAUAUGUAAAAGCCGUGGUACAAGUAAUACUGUUGGGUCAGGUGUCAGUGAUAGUAUUGUUAAUCAACUUUUAAGUAAGAUUGAUGGUGUUAAUAGUAUUAAUAAUAUUUUACUUAUUGGUAUGACAAAUAGGCUUGAUUUAAUAGAUGAGGCAUUAUUAAGACCUGGAAGAUUUGAGGUUCAUAUUGAAAUUGGAUUACCAAAUAAAAGUGGUAGACAUGAAAUAUUAGAAAUUCAUACGAAGCAAAUGAGAGAGAAUCAUCGUUUAGCAGCUGAUGUAUGUUUAUUAGAGUUAGCAGAUAAAACUAAGAAUUUUUCAGGUGCAGAGAUUGAAGGAUUAGUUAGAGCUGCUACUUCUUUUGCAUUUCAAAGGCAUAUUGAUAUGGAAGAUAUUACUAAGCCCGUAGAUACUCAGAAUAUUCAAAUAAAUAAUGAUGAUUUUAUGGCGGCUUUAAAAGAAGUAAAACCUGCAUUUGGUAUUAAUGAAGAAGAAUUACUUUCUUUGAUGCCACGUGGAAUUAUUACACUUGGUACAAAUUCACAACAUGUAAUGGAAUUAUUAGAACGUCUUACAAGUCAAGUAAAAACUGAUAAGAAUACAAAUACACUUUCAAUUUUGUUACAUGGAGAACGAGGUGCUGGAAAGUCUGCUUUAGCAUCAUAUGUUGCAAGUUUUGCAGAAUUUCCAUUUACGAAAUUGAUUACCCCAUCACAAUUUAUUGGUUUAAAUGAGCUAAAUAAAUCAAUGAUUUUAAGUAAAAUAUUUGAUAAUGCUUAUAAAAGUGAUAUUUCAUGUAUAAUUUUAGAUGAUAUUGAACGACUUAUAGAUUAUACUCCUAUUGGUCCUAGAUUCUCCAAUUCUAUUUUACAAACUUUAAUGGUACUUAUUAAACAAACUACUCCAAAAAAUAGGAAACUAUUUAUAAUUGCAACUACAUCAGAAUUUCAGUUUAUUGGUACAUGUGGUCUGUCAAAUAUAUUUAGUGUGGUUUUAGAGAUUCCUUGUGUCCCACCAAAUGAUGUUCCAAAGGUACUAACUUACUAUCAAAAUGAUAAUUUCCCACAAUAUGAAAUUCAGAAAGUAUCUCAGUCUCUUCAUUCAUCUUAUCCUAUAAAGAAAUUAAUCUUUGCAUUAGAUGUAACGGAACACUCUUGUAAAGAAGAGACAAUAACUGCUAAUAGUUUUCUAGAAAAUCUAAAUGAUAUUAUUUUCUAA